AUGGUGAAACACCAACCCUUGCAGGUCUAUGAGAAGCAGUUCUUCUUGUCCUUUGUCACUGGCAUCUAUGGUUGCCGCUGGAAGCGUUAUCAGCGUUCCCAAGACAGCACCUCCAAGUGGGAGUGCUUAUGGUUCACCAUCCUGUGCUGCUCCUUCUUCCUCCUCCUCUUCUGGACAUACUUCUGGUUUGUUGCUCAAAAUGACUUCAACGACUUCAACUGGUCAGUGUACAACCGCUCUGGUGAAUGGACAGAUGAGACCAUUCCCAUCGCAGCCUCGACCUCUGUGGGCAUCAGCUACAUUACAUUCUUAGUGAUUUUAGCGCUUUUCCACAUUUCUCUUGGUCAACAACUGAAUCUAUACUGGGUGCACAAGAUCGGCGUGUUAGCGACAUUGGCGACCACCAUAUCUGGAGUAGUGUCUGUGGAUGACAUAUGGGGAGAUGAGUGGGAAAUCCUAUUUAUUUCAUUGCAGGCCACUGCACCUUUUCUACACAUCGGCGCCUUGGCAACUGUCACGGCUGUCGGCUGGUUGGUUGCUGGAUAUGUGGUUCGAAAAGAGAGAUCUCAUUUCCAGAUGAUGGUUCUGGUGGUGUAUAUGGUAAUUCUGGUGGCUCUGUAUUUGGCUCCGCUCUUGUUUACCUGCCCCUGUGUCAUGGACCGCAACAGCCUCAAGGCGCGGCCAGAAAUCGUCGGGCGUCGCGGAGCUCCCAUGCUGGCUCCAGAGAACACUGUGCUGUCCUUCAACCGAGCGCUGCAGCAGGGGGCCACCUCCCUGCAGGCUGACGUCACCAUCAGUGUGGAUGGUGUCCCAUUCCUGAUGCGAGAUCACACUUUGAGGCGGACUACAGAUGUUAGAAAGAUCUUUCCAUCGAGACAAUAUGAAGAUGCUUCGUUCUUCAACUGGACAGAAAUACGCACUCUCAAUGCUGGCCAGUGGUUUCUAAAGAGUGACCCCUUCUGGACAGCUGGCACCCUCACAGCGAAGGACAGGGCGAGGAUAGAGAACCAGACGGUGUGCAGUCUGGUUGACAUGUUACGACUCGCAGCUAGAGCAAAUGCCUCUGCUCUGCUGAACAUCCGGAAGCCCCCAGCCCAGCACCCCCGCGCCCGGAGCUGGUUCAUGGACACACUGUGGGCCGUGCAGAAGGCAGGCUUCCCCACCAAGAGGGUGAGGACUGUGACAUGGAGCCCGGACAGCGACAGAGGGAGGGUGCGGGGCUUUCAGCAGACCGCCCAAGAGAAGCUGUCAGUGCAAGAAAUGAGGCAACGGGGAAUUACAAGCCUGACCCUCCACUACAGCAAGGCCAACCACAAAGACAUACAGGAGUAUCUGGCCAACAACGUGAGCGUGACCGUGUACCCAGUGAACGAGGCCUGGCUCUACUCCACGUUGUGGUGUAGUGGGGUGCCUUCCGUGUCCUCUGAUGCUCCCCAAGUCCUUCGAAAGGUGCCUUACCCCAUCUGGCUUAUGAGCCAGACUGCUUACUACUUCAUCUGGAUCGCCUCAGAUCUAUUGUCACUGGCUGUCGUCCUUGUGAUUUUCUCCUUUCAAAACUAUCAUAUGAUCAGGUGGAAGAUGAGUGGGAUCCAGAGUUGUAACCCUGAGCAGAUAGUGCUGAAUGUGGUUGGCCGCCCACAAACCCGAGAGGUCAACAUCAUGAAAGAAAAGCUCAUAUUCUCAGAGCUCAGCAACGGACGCUCCAGUUCAGAGGAGAUUUCCCUUCACCCUGAAAAUGGAUACGCAAGCUACAUGCAUGGAGGACUGUUGUAA